ACCGUGAGACAGGGAGAGAGAGAGAGAGAACCUUCUUCCUCCCAAUUGCUUGCAACUUUCCAAAAUAAACCUCUGCAACUUAAAACCCUAACCAUUUCAAUUCACAACAUAUAAGGAAGAUUAAGAAUAAGAGCUUCAUUCAUUUUCAUCGGAAGCUUUGAAAUUCUCACUGGCAGUGUUGCCCAAUAUGAGUCGCUAUGAUAGUCGCUCCGGCGAUCCCACUUCCUACCGUGACCGUCGAAGUGACUCGGGAUUUGGUGGGGCUUCAGGAUAUGGUGGCUCAGUGAGGUCUUCGUCAAGCAGGAGAGAUAAUGAUGGUGCUGAGUCACCUAGGAAGUUUGAUUUAGAUGGGUUGACUCCUUUUGAGAAGAAUUUCUAUGUUGAGUCACAGGAAGUGGCAUCAAUGUCAGAGAGGGAUGUUGAGGAGUAUCGGAAGCGUAGAGAAAUCACGGUAGAAGGUCGUGAUGUUCCAAGGCCUGUGAAAACAUUUCGUGAUGUGGGGUUUCCAGAUUAUGUACUGCAAGAAAUAACAAAGGCUGGCUUUGUGGAACCAACACCUAUACAAGCUCAAGGAUGGCCAAUGGCUUUAAAGGGGCGUGACCUCAUUGGUAUUGCUGAAACAGGAUCUGGAAAGACACUUGCCUACUUAUUGCCUGCAAUUGUCCAUGUUAAUGCACAGCCAAUUUUAGCUUUGGGAGAUGGUCCAAUUGUAUUAGUAUUAGCUCCAACGCGUGAACUUGCUGUUCAAAUACAACAGGAAGCUACAAAAUUUGGUGCAUCAUCUAGGAUAAAGAGUACUUGCGUAUAUGGUGGGGUUCCAAAGGGGCCUCAGGUGCGUGAUCUCCAGAAAGGUGUUGAGAUUGUCAUUGCUACUCCUGGGAGGUUGAUAGAUAUGUUAGAGUCACAUCAUACAAACUUGCGAAGGGUCACAUACCUUGUUCUGGAUGAGGCUGAUCGGAUGCUAGACAUGGGGUUUGAGCCUCAGAUACGAAAAAUUGUUUCUCAGAUUCGCCCAGAUCGUCAAACCUUGUAUUGGAGUGCUACUUGGCCAAAGGAGGUUGAACAACUGGCAAGGCAGUUCCUUUACAAGCCAUACAAAGUGAUAAUUGGAUCUGAGGAGUUAAAAGCUAACCAUGCAAUACGCCAAAUUGUUGAGAUUGUUUCUGAGAAUCAGAAAUAUAACAAAUUGGUGAAGUUGCUGGAAGAUAUCAUGGAUGGUAGCAGAAUAUUGAUUUUCAUGGAUACCAAGAAAGGAUGUGAUCAGGUCACUCGGCAGCUUCGCCUGGAUGGUUGGCCUGCUCUCUCAAUUCAUGGAGAUAAAAGUCAAGCAGAAAGGGAUUGGGUCCUCUCAGAGUUCAAGGCUGGGAAGAGUCCUAUAAUGACUGCAACAGAUGUUGCAGCUCGUGGUUUAGAUGUGAAAGAUGUGAAGUAUGUGAUCAAUUAUGACUUCCCGGGAUCCCUUGAAGAUUAUGUCCACCGCAUUGGUCGAACAGGAAGGGCUGGGGCAAAAGGGACGGCCUACACCUUUUUCACAGCUGCAAAUGCUCGAUUCGCAAAGGAGCUAAUUACCAUACUUGAGGAAGCUGGACAGAGGGUCACUCCUGAGUUGGCUGCCAUGGGGCGGGGUGCUCCACCUCCUCCAAUGGGUCAUGGUAGUUAUCGAGAUCGUGGCAGGGGUUAUGGUGGUGGCAGCCGCUAUGGUAGCCAUUAAUUGACAGAAGAACCCCCGUAAGGGGUAGAAACUGUAAUACCACACUACAGGAGGGUACAGUUUAGAGGCUUUUUUAUAUGUAUUUUUUGCCUUUACUCUUCUUCUUCUUCAUAUAAAUAUAUAUAUAUAUAUAUAUAUAUUUUUUUGAAUUGUUGGUUCAGUUAUCUAGACAGGUGCAGCUGACUCUAAUUUGUAAACGAAUCUGUAUCUAUUUCUGAUAAUCCAUUUUU